AUGGUCUGCCACGUCGUCGCCAAGAACCGUCACAGAGACAUGAUGCUGGCUACGUUUAUGGUCAAUAGAGCUGGUUCUCUGCUUAUCGUCUCGCUCACCCGCCUCUGCAAUACCUCUCAUAUUCUAUCUAACAUCGUUACUACUUCCAUUGGUACCACUUUCGGCCCGCGAAUGGUGCAACGGAAGCUAUGUCUAUCGUUCCAGAAGGAUGACAAAUGCUACAAGGAAUACACUAUCGUUGAUUCGCUAUCCCCAGAAUUGAACCCAGACUCAGGAAAAACGACGAACUUUGCUGCAUCCAUCCGUACUCAAGAAGAAAAGGACAGCUUCUGCACGUCAUAUCAAGCCCAGGCAAUCACGCGGAAGAAACAAAGAGACGACACGCUUCUCAUGAAGAUACAAGCCUUCCGAGUGCUGAAUUCUCGAAGCCACGAUGGUUGUUAUGAACCUGACUGUGGUGGAAAGCAUCUUCAGCGCAUUAUAAGAAUCUGGGUCUCGGAAUUCAUUUCAGCCUUUAUGAUGCCUCACGAUAACCAUAUUAUCGAGGUCGAGAAAGCUCUGGCUGCAAGUGAUGCAGCACUCAGUGUUAGCAUUGACGAGGGAGUCAUCGGCGUAGGCAUCUCAACAUUCCAUGAACAACGAGCGGCACUCUUGGUCGUCGACCCAGAAGAAGCUAGAAUCGAAUUCGGCGAAGCUGUAGGGUCCAUGUUGAAGCUUCCUCGAGAUGGAACCAAGGUUCUGUGGCCUUAUCCGAUGGACUCAGAUCGUGACCCUCAGAACUGGAGCGAUAUGCGCGAGACUGUGCAUCUCAUCAUCAUUACAUUGGCCGCCAUUGUGCCGGAUUUUGAUAGUGGAAUAGUCAUUUCCGGCUGCGAGGGUAUCACGUCUCUGUUCCGACUGGCGGAACAAUACGAUACGACUACCGGCCUUCUUGCCCUUGGUUUUCUCAUGGGAUGCACAUUUGCCCCGAAUCUGGAGGCGUUCGCGACUUUCUUUGGAACAGCCCCUCAAGUCGCGGGAUUAUACGUCGUAACUGACUUGUAUCUUUUUCACCUUCAAGCCCGAAAGGCAUUUGACGCGCUCUCCAAGGUACACCGAAAACUCAAACCCGUGUAG